GUCACUUUACCAUCCAUGGCACCUCAUACAUAUCCUCCAUUCUACGCGUGCUAUCUGCUGAAAUCUGUUCAUUUCCCGGCCACGUACAUUGGCUCGACACCUAAUCCACUACGACGGAUCCGACAGCACAAUGGGGAGCUGACACAGGGCGCGACCAAGACCAAGAGGAAGCGACCGUGGGUGAUGCAGAUGCUGGUGCACGGGUUCCCAUCGAAGCUGAGUGCGCUGCAGUUUGAAUGGGUGUGGCAGAACCCGCAUCUGUCGCGACAUCUCCCAGAAUCGCAGCGUCGGGCCAAGGCACUGUCGUCGUGUGUCAAGUGUGUGCACAGCAUGAUUGCGACGCCGCCGUUCGACUCGCUUGCUCUACGCGUCAUUUUGUUUACACCCUUCGCCCACGCCCUCUGGCACAAACUGCCCCCAGCUGCACUCCCGCCUGCAUACCGCCCCGACGGCCCGUCGACCCUGCAGAUCCCGCCUCUCCCUGGAAAGACCCCCGCCACCACUUGCUCCGUCUGUACACGCCCAUUGGACGGCGAUGCACUCACCACUGCCAUCUGUUCCAUGCCAACUUGCAGCGCCUCGUCUCACCUGAUCUGUCUCGCCUCACACUUUGCAGACAGACGCAUGCUUCCCAGAGGCGGACACUGUCCUGGAUGCGGAGAGUAUGUGCUUUGGGGCGACAUUGUGAAAGCUAUGUAUGACCGGGCCGACACCGACGGGAGCACUGCACCCAGUCUCUCUCACACCGGCUCCCCGUGCUAAGCGUCUCUUCCCCGAACUACUCCAUAUCGAAUUAUCACUUUCUGAUUCGCCUCCUCCCCCCACGCCCAUCCAAUCACAACAUCCCUCUUAAUCACCGGCUUCCCCCGCGUCCGACUUUGCGUCCAUACCCGACUUUUCCCGGCAGCUAAAUUCCCUCGAUGAAACACUUUUCCACGCACCAUCUGCCUGGUUAUCCCGAGACUACAAAUUCCUGUAUCGUCCCACUUGCUACGCCCGUGUUCACUUUUCAUCCUACGAAUCCCGCUCGACUGAGAAUUGGGUCUUCUAUUCGCAUGGCUAUCUUUGCACGAGCGUAUUAUUAGCCUCCGCAAAAAUAGAUAGGUAGGAAUCCAAAGUGCCAUUAACAGAGUAGCCAUCCCCGAUCAAUGAAC